AUGGUUCGUGAAGGUAUUGUGUUAGGGCAUAAGAUAUCGCAGCAAGGGAUUGAAGUUGACAAAGAAAAAAUUGAGGUAAUAGAAAAAUUGCUACCUUCAACCAGUGCCAAGGGUAUUAGAAGUUUUCUAGGCCGUGCAGGAUUUUAUAGAAGAGUCAUUAAGGAUUGCUCGAAGAUAUCUAAACCUUUGUGUACCUUGCUAGAGAAAAAUAGACCUUUCAAUUUUGAUGAACCUUGUUUGAUUAUUUUCGAGGAAUUGAAGAAAAGGUUGGUAGCGACAUCGAUUGUAAUAGUACUGGAAUGGACACUGUCCUUUGAACUCAUGUCUGACACCAGUGAUUUUGCUAUGGGGGCAGUGUUGGGACAGCAAAAAGAUAAGAUAAUUAAGAAGUGUGUCCUUGAUGAGGAAAUGCAUAACAUUCUGCAGCAUUGUCACUCAGUGCCUUACGGAGGAUACUUUGGAGGAAUGAGAAAUGCUGCCAAGAGAAUAGACUUUAUGGGUCCAUUUCCACUAUCAUUAGGCAAUCUCUACAUACUCUUGGCAGUGGACUAUGACUCUAAGUGGGUCGAAUCUGUUGCCCUCCUUGCUAAUAAUUCAAAGUCAGUGAUGAAGUUCUUGCACAAGAACAUUUUCACAACAUUUGGUAAACCUCGAGCUAUUAUCAAUGAUGAAGGUUCUCAUUUUGAUUGCAAAUUAGUUGCUAACUCUUUGCAAAGGUAUAGGGUGAAGCAUAAGAUUUCCACGAAGCAGAAUAAUCUUAUCGAGACUCAUCAGCUUCGGCUUGCUGCAGAUUUGGCAAAGUUGCAGGAAAAACUGGCUCUUUACUGGGCCAAUACGGAGAGGAGGGACGCUGCUAUGAGAAGGUCCCUUCAAAAGAAUUUCACCAAGCCAAUGCUUGCAUGUCCAGACUUUCCUAAGGAAUUGCAAGCAGCUAUAGUAGAAAAGGUUGGUGAAGUAAAGCCAGCUGAGACAGACCCUUCCACUACUAAGAAAGAAAAUAAAGAACUAGAGGAAGAAAUAGAGAAAAUCGAAUCAGAUAGCAUUGCGACUGAUCGUGAGGAAGAAAAAGAAGUAAAUCCCACACUUGUACCACUAGUGAACAACAUUGUAGUUGUUCCACCUUCCUCUACUGAACCAAUGAUAGAAUAA